AUGUCAAUUCAAGAAACUGAUUCAGCUGUUACUUUGGUUCAUCCAGAAAACCCAAAUACUUCUGUCACUAUUUUGAAAUACGGUGCAACAGUAUACUCUUGGAAGUCCAAUGGUAAAGAAAAGCUAUGGUUGUCUACAUCUGCCAAGUUAGAUGGUACUAAAGCUGUUAGAGGUGGUAUUCCAUUGGUUUUCCCAGCAUUCGGUAAGAACACUACCGACAAAUACCUAAAAGACUUGCCACAACAUGGUUUUGCAAGAACUUCUGUUUGGAAAUGUAAUGGUUUGGUUAGAUCACACCCACCAACAGUUCAAUUUGAAUUGAAUGAAUCUAUAGCUGACGAAAAAUUGAUCAAACUAUGGCCUUAUAAAUUUACAAUUAAGUAUAAUGUUGAAUUGGGUUCCGAUCAUUUGAAGACCUAUGUUGAUAUCUUUAAUGAUGGUCAAGAAGCUUUUGAUUUCAACUGGUUGUUCCACACCUAUUAUAAAAUUAAUAACAUUAACGAUGUCUAUGUCUGUGACUUGAAAGAUGACAGCACACAUGAUAACAUAACAGGUAAAGAUGCCACCGAAUUGAAUUCAAAAGUCAUCAUUGGUGAAGAAGUUGAUAGAAGAUAUCUAAACGUGAAGACAGUUAAGCCUGUUCAUAUCAUGGAUGCUAAGAGUGGUACCCCACUUGUUACAUUGAUUAGAAGUAACUUGCCAGAUGUUGUAGUUUGGAACCCAUGGAUUGAAAAGGCUAAAGGUAUGGGUGAUUUCGAUCCAAAGGAUGGUUAUCAGAACAUGUUAUGUGUUGAACCUGGUUACAUUCAUGGUUUGGCUACCUUGAAACCAUGUCAAAAAUGGAGCUCUUACCAAUAUAUAUAUUAG